AAGGCAGUUACAAACGUUACUAUUUUGAGAGAGAGUCAGCGCGUACAUUCGGUGCGCAGUGGCAGACCCAUCGAAAACAAGGACGGGGAGGCAGAGAAAGGGCAGAGGGAGCUUUCCUUUUUUAAAUGAUUCCAUUUCAUCUCAUUURUUUUUUCAAUUCUCUUUGCUUCAAGCGCAUUAAAUGAUUUGCAACCAAAGGGGGGGAAAAAAACAGGCAGGAAGCACAGGGGAAGCCUCGGACCUGCAGCCGAUUCAAAACCGUGCCGCCAAAUUCAGCUAGACGGACCACUGAAGUCAGAAGGUCACGUACCGAGGAGCUUGGCAGAACUCCGUUGCAAAUCUUUUUGGUUUGUUUGUUUUUAAGCAUCGGAAUAAAGGAAAGGAAGAAGAAAGCGAGAGUGGGGGGMAAAAAAGAAAGAGGAGACAGAGGCGGCAGAGGUGAGAGGAAGGAGAUAAAGAUGGCGAGUUUUGGGAAACUCACAGACUACUUUAAUCGCCGUAAGUCUCGGGAAGAGCUGCGGGUGGGCAGGAGCUCGCGGCGCAGCGGCAGCUACUGCUGCACUGUGGCAGAGGCCAGGUCUCUGGAAAGGAAGCUGCAGAGACCCCUACUGGCCAAGUCCCGAACUCUUCCCAGCAUCCCCCAGUCUCCAACCGUCUCCAGGGUCCACCACUCGGAUCUCAUUGGUGGGAGUCCUCCCCGCAGGAAGAACCCUCCUGUUGUCCCCAGCCAGGCAAAGGCCUGCACUCUGCCUCCUGCAGGAGAACUUUGGCGUUUGGAGGAUGACAUGGAGAGUGACGACGAGACCAACCAGAGCACGGAGCAUCGUCCUCGCUCCCAGUCGCCCUUCUCCCACUUCAGGGCGCGAGCCGCCUACCUCCGGAAGAGCAUGUCGGCGGACGACCACCUGGACAUGAGCGUAGACUACGGCUCAGGGAAAACAGCCGAGGGCAAGCCAGCUCGGGGCAACAAGGGGAAACUGAAGAGGAAGUUUAGUCUGGGUUCUGCAGACCGAAAGGAAAACCAGAACAAAAAGUCUGAGUCAGGAAUCUCCAAGUUUACUCAUCGUCUCUCUUUGAAAGAACGACCAACGAAAGCGGAAAAGACUUCUUCAGACAGACCAACAUCUUACAGAAGACGGUCUCUUAGUGUGGACUGGGCCGACUCUGCCAAGAUGACGCAGCCCAUGAGAGGGGACCAGGUCCAUCAGCCGGCUUCAGCCCGCAAGUCAGCUAGCCUGUCUUCGCCAAGUGCCGCUCGCAGGCUGUACCGCAAUUUGUCUGGAAAGUUCCGCGUGGGCACCAAUCCCCCCAGUCUAGAGGACAGUGUGGUGUCCGGACGAGGAGGAGACAAGGAGAGGCUGCGAAAAACCACCAUAUUCCAGAGUAAUGAAGCUUUGUUUGAGGCAGUGGAGCACCAAGAAUUGGACUUGGUCCAGUUGCUUCUGUCCCAAUACAGCCUUGAGGAGCUGGACCUCAACACUCCAAACAGUGAAGGCCUUCUGCCUCUUGAUAUUGCCAUCAUGACCAACAAUGUACCCAUGGCUAAGCUUCUACUGCGAGCUGGUGCCAAGGAAAGUCCCCACUUUGUGAGUUUGGAAGGCCGAGCUGUCCAUUUGGCUACCUUGGUGCAAGAGGCUGAGCAGCGGGUUUCAGAGCUUCAGGCCCAGUUGCGCAAUGAGGGUCCCAGCGAACGGGAAGGUUCUGACCAGGAGAGGCAGCUGAAAGCUUGGGAGUGGAGGCUACGGCUCUUCAGACGCAUGCAGACGGGCUUUGAACAUGCUAACCCCCCAGACGCUCCCACCGUAGUCCGCCUCUCUGUCAGCAGCAGCAAAAGUUUACAGGUUGACUUCCACGAACCACUCUGUGUCAACUCUGCUGUGGUUACCAAGUAUAAAGUGAGUUGGAGCAGUGUACCUUUGUUCAGUCCUCUGCUGGGUGAAAUUGUAGUGGAUGACACCACGCUUCUACAGUGCAACAUAACUGGACUGGCAUCUGGAACUUAUUACUAUGUACAAGUGCAAGCAUACAACAUGAAGGGCUGGGGGCCUCCAAAAGUUUCCACCCCGGCYUGCGCUGCACCUUCCAGCUGGAGAGACGUUGAUGGCCACGUUCCGCGUCAGAAAGGCCAGAAAGAGACACUCGACCAGCUCCUCGGACAGAUGAAAGAAGCUCACCGCCACUGUGUCUGCCAUGAACAGUGCAAAGCGCCCACACAAGGCAGGAAGCAUUCAGUGUCCAAAAGCCUUCGCCAUCUCUUCCAACCUACCAGCAAAUCUGUCAAAAGCUUGAAAAGAGGUCUCUAUCUGACAUCCAUAUUCUACAGAGACGACAGCGUGUUGGUGACUCCAGAAGAUCAGAUUCCUAUCGUCGAGGUUGAAGAUUCAUACUCCAGCACACUGAUGCAGGACUUCCUCUGGUUCACUAAAGUUUCCUACCUAUGGGAUGAGAUUUCCUGGCUUCAGCAGUGUCUCAGUCCGUCCCAGUCAUCUUGCUCCUGUACUCUGCAGACUCGCAUCAAGAUGCUGCAGGCUGUCUCCCAGCUACAGGGAAUGCUGGGAACCCAUGAUCUUGGCCAGGUGUAUUUUGAACCUAUCAAAGACAAGCAUGGCAACGYCCUGCUGGUUCUCCUGAAGGACAUGAGCUCCUGUCCUAACCUGGAUGGGGUACGCUGGAUGCAGCUUUGUAAACUCCAACUUCAACGCAAGUCUAUUUCAUCCCCCGAGGAGCCUACGGCCUUGGACAUGCUCCUUAUCACACUGCACGAGAAGCUGGCCUAUCACAGGCGGAGCAGGAAGCUUUUGCCUCCAGGCCUAUACCUGGGCUACCUCAAGUUAUGCACAUCAGUGGAGCAGAUAAGGGUGCUGGUACCCCAGAAACUCCCCAACGUUCUUUGUCACACCAAAAUCCGGGACAAUAGCAACGUGUCCAGAGAGGAGUGGCAGUGGCUGCAGGCUCUCACCUCCCUGGAGGAGUCGAUGGAAAUGGAUCAUGAUGUGCAGAGCGCUUCCCAUCGCUUCUUACAAGACCUUCGCAGCGCCAUCAAGGACCUGAUGGCCCACAUCAACGUUCCGGCCAAUCAGGCGCAGGAUUUCCGAAUCUACAGCCAGGAAGUGUUGGAGUUUGGGGAUAAAGUGUCCUUCCUGCUGCUCCUGCCACCUUCAGAUGAAGUGUGCACAGCUCCUGGUCAGAAUAAUCCGUACUCACCUCGCUCCGGCUUCCUCACCCUGCCCCUGCAGAUCUUUGAACUGGUCCACUUCAAUGCAUACUGCCCCAGUUUCAUCGGCCAGUACUGUAGAGUUUCUGCUUUGCUAGAGCUGGAGUCCCUCAUGUCGCAGCAGGCGCUACGAGAGGCCUUCUCUGAAGCUGAGCUCCUAGCUGCUAAGAAGAAGCACCAGCAGGUCCAGGAGCACAUGCAGCAAAUGGAGGAGGUGUGGCGGGAUACAAGGUGGAUUAUGGAUGCCCUGCAGUAUGCUCGCUACAAGCAGCCAUCAGGAGGCAUCUCUGUUAGCUGGAUAAUUGAUUUCUCUAAGGAGGUGAUCCCGGAAAAGCCCCCAUCCACCUCCUCUCAGUUAGACUUCAUGCCCUCUCCGCUGCCUUCACCUGAACCCUGCCGCAAGCAUUCAGACUUUCCUGGCCUAUCAGAUGAAGAGGGCUCCUCUGAAGUCUUCCUCACCACAGACAGCGACUAUGACUCGAGUCGUGCUCAAAGCCCCCGCGAGUUAGACCUGUUACCCCCGUCUCCUCUGUCCUCCUCUGCCCCCCUCGAGCCUCGUGACUUCCUGCGUAGUGAUGGGAGCGGCUCAGGAGGAGGCGCGUGCCCGAGCGGCGGUGGGCGUGGAGGAGGAUCUCUAAGAGACUCCACGCCGGACGUCCUUCAGGCCUCCGAGCCACCGCCGGGCAGAGAGAGUGAGCGAAGCGGGGGAGUUYGGUGCGGAGGGGGAAGGCGCUUGGGCCCUCCGGAGCUGUUCGACAGUGACUUCAUCCUGCCCAGCAGGCAAAUCGAGCUGCUGCACAUCACAGAGAAGAGACAGGCCUUCUGUGUUCGAACCAGCAGCCUGGAGUUCCCCUCCUCCACAUCCCCCCACCAUCAGCCCUACUCCUACCACACCACGUACUUCUCUCCCUCCACCUCACCACAGAAAAGAUGGCACAGGCCGUCGUCAGUGGACCRAUGUUGUCCCGCCGAGCGCUGCUUACCACAGCGUCCACCAGCUCGGACGUUAUCGGAGGACAGCGGCACGCAGAGACUCAACACGCCAUCACCUGCUGUGUUCAGGAAAAGUUGCCACGCUGCACUCCGAGUGUAUCCACAGUAUCACACAGGCCUGCCAAAGGAGACCAGUGUUAAGCUUUGUGUAACUCCAGGCACAACAGCGCGGGAGAUGGUUCAGCUGGUAGUCCAGGAGAUGAACGUUGUCUCUCGGCGCCUGCUGGGCAGCAGCGGAGGCAGCAAUGAACAGGAACAAUGUGUUUACUAUAGCCCUGAACAGCUGAAGCACUUUGGUCUAGUGUUGGUUGUGGACAACAGAGAAAAGUGGCUUCAAGACGACUUCUGUCCUCUGGAGCUUCAGAACCCCUGGCUGAGGGGCAAACUGUGCGUUCGCAUUAAGGAGUACUCCCCGCUGGCACUCAAACACAGCCGGGCCACCACAGUGUGAUCCGUAAAAAAAGGAACUUUUCUAACUCUGGACCUUUUUUUUUGGAAGUUUUAUUGAUGGACGUGAUGAUUCUUUCCUCAGCUGCAGCUCUAACUUGUUGUCAUAUUUUCUGCUGAGUUUUAUUUAUUUAUUUUUCCAUCUGAAACACCAUUCUGAGAAUCUGUUUCUAUGAAAUAUGUUCUCCCAAACAUAAGAGUCUAUUUUAUGCACAUCAGCUCCUCAUAUGGACACCAAAUGAACACUUGAAAUGUGGAACAAAGAGAGGACCGUGGGUUUCUUUGUGCUGUCAGAAAUCACUGGGCAAAAGAUUCGGUUGCUGAGCAAGGGCAAUGCAGCUCGUCAUGAUUGACGCCAGCAAUUUUUGCUUUUUAAAGGGGCAAUAUCAUGUAAAAUCAACUUUUUUGAGUUUCAUAUCAUGUUAUGUUAUACUCUC